UGAUACUUUCAGGUAGCGUCAGUGUAAGCGCUCACAUUAACAACAUCACAACCUUGAGGUUAACAGAGCUUCAGCAAUGCUACGCAAGGGUAUUACAGAGAGCUUUGGAGCUGCUGUUCAUUCACUCAGCACUGCCCAGCUGACAGACGGCGUGAUAACCAGAAGUAAAAGGAUGAUUAUGGACACACUGGGUGUCGGGUUAAUAGGAACCAGGACAGAUGUCUUUAAAAAGGCUCUCAAGCACAGCCAGUUGUUCACAUCAGAGGAGAGGAGCAGUGUGUGGGGUAAAUCAGACUUAACUCUGCCUCCUCAAUUUGCUGCAUUUGUCAAUGGCAUCGCUGUUCACUCCAUGGACUUUGACGACACAUGGCACCCGGCCACUCAUCCCUCGGGGGCUGUGCUUCCUGCAGUGCUGGCCCUGGCGGAGACGCUCCCCAGCCGGCCUUCUGGUCUAGACCUGCUGUUGGCCUUUAACAUUGGUAUCGAGGUGCAGGGCAGACUCAUGAGAUUCUCCACAGAAGCAUACAACAUCCCUGAAAGAUUCCACCCUCCCAGUGUAGUUGGGGUGAUGGGCAGUGCUGCAGCCUCAGCAAAGCUCCUGGGUCUGUCCCCCACACAGUGCACUCAUGCUCUGGCGAUCGCUGCUUCCUCUGCUGGGGCUCCCUUAGCCAACGCAGCCACACAAACCAAACCUCUCCACAUAGGAAAUGCAGCUUGCAGAGGCCUGGAGGCUGCUCAGCUGGCCCAGAUCGGUCUGGAGGGGAAUCCAGCCAUCCUGGACUGUGGGUUUGGGGUUUACUACAAAGAUUAUAGUCCCUCCAAAUUUGUAGAUUCUUCUUCCAGUGGCUUUAAAUGGAUUCUGGAAGAUCAGAAUGUGGCUGUCAAGAGCAUCCCUGCUCAUUUGGGGAUGCACUGGGUUGUGGAUGCUGCUUUGGCAGCCCGCAGGAAGCUUGAAAAAACAGCCGCAAACUUUGACCUCUGCCAGAUCCGGCACAUCACACUACGAGUACCUCCGUCCAAGUACAUCAAUUGCCCUUUACCAGACACAGAGCACCAGGCCAGGCACUCAUUUCAGUUCAAUGCCUGCUCCGCACUGUUGGACAACAAGGUUACAGUGGAUUCCUUCAGCGAGGCUCAACUGAAGCGUCCUGCUCUGAGGGAGCUCCUGUCCAAAGUGACAUUGGAGACACCUGAGGACAACCACCCCAGCUUUGACAAGAUGUACUGUGACAUUGAGAUCGAAACACAUCAGGGGGUUGUCACAGCCAAGUGUGAUACCUUUUACGGCCACUGGAGGAAGCCCCUGAGUCACAAAGACCUGGUGGAUAAGUUCAGUGUUAAUGCUUCUUCAGUGUUGAGUACAGAGGGAGUGGAAGGAGUCAUUGAUGUGAUAGAUAACAUUGAAAAAGUGGGUGAAUGCUCGAUUCUGAAUGCAUAUUUGACGAUGACGAGUACUCCACAUCAGCAGUUAUACAGAAAAAGAAACAUUUGAAGGAGCAAGUCCAUGAUUGUAUGAGGCCGUAAGAAGUGCUUUCUCAUGCAUGGUUUCAGCAGGGUACUGUGACCAAACUUGAAGUAUCUGUGUAAAAAGAUAAGAAAGUAUGUCUUCAACCCACAGGAAAAUGCAACACUGACCACCUUACCAAAUUUAAAUGUUUUAAAAAAUGAAGUUUACCAAUCAUGUAAAAUUCAACCACAUUCUCUGAGACUCUAGUCUGUCAGGUUGCCAUCUUCUUCAGAGGACAUUACAUUGACUUACAUUCAAUUCCUGGAGAUUUACUC